UGGUACUAACGAUGGAUGCUCUGAAACCAAAAGUUAAGCAAGCCGUGUUACUAUGGCUAGAUGGUUUCAGGGAGGCCUGUUGUCUCCACAGGGUCGUUUUCCUCUGCCUCAGGUCGAGGAUGCUUUUAAUUCGAACUGGGCAGUGUUUUCUUCUGAAUGGCUUUCUUUUCUUAGGAAGCAUACUGGUUCUAAAUUCAGUUGUCAUUUCAACUCUAGAAUGGAUAUUGCCAGAUCAAUGCCCACAAUAUGGUUCAUUCAAUCAAUGCUCGUUUGUUGGGGUUGUAAAACUUUAUUCCUUUUUACGCUCAGGAAUUAUUCAGCUUUUCUAUGUAAGUGUACAGAUUUUCUUUAUAUUUUGGUUUUAUCCACUAUAUGUUUUCAGCUUUGUACUAAGCACUCUCUGGUACAAUGACAUUGCUAAGUAUGCUUUCAUUGCUAUGGGUAAAGAUGGAUCAGCUGUAGUGGAGUCAUCAGUCCAGAAGGAGGAGUCUGUAAACUCACAAUCUUCAGCUCAUAUGAAUAAACAUCCUGGCCUUGGGGGGGUCAUAAUUGGAAUUGGAGAACAGGUUUAUUCAGUCCUCCUGUUGAGCUUCUUCUUCCUUGAGGUUUUUGCUGCAGGGUUUAUACCCUAUGUUGGGAAGGCAUUGAACUUCUUACUGCUUUCUUGGAUGUAUGCCUACUAUAGUUUCGAGUACAAGUGGAAUCUUGCUGAGGUAGCUCUAGACAAAAGGCUCGACUUCUUUGAAUCAAACUGGGCCUUUUUUGCUGGUUUUGGAGGCCCUUGUGUGUUGGCAAUUUUCUUCUUCUCUCCUCUUGUGAGCUAUGGUGUCAUGGCUAUACUCUACCCACUGUUUGUGGUGAUCGCAACAGGCUCUGAAGCUGAUCACGCUAUGAAGUGUAACAGAAGAACAUGGAGAGGUGCCAGAUUAGGAAGGCUUCCAAUAUUUUAUGCUGCUGAUACUUUAUCGAUGCGAGUUUUGCAACUUUUCAGUCAGGCACCUCCUGGGCAAACACCAGAGAAGAAGACCCCCUGAGAAGCUCUGCAAAGUAUGCUAAACUGCUAAUCAGUAUUCAAUCUCUUGGUAGCUCUUUGUGGUAUGCUUGCAGAAAAGAGUAUCAUGGCUGGAAAAGAUCUCUCAGCUGCCUCAUUGUGCAAGUUGUAUAUAGGAAAGGCAAAGUACUGCCUUCCAUUUUUAUGUACAUUAUUUUGAUAUAUUGUGUACAAUCGUCCUCCCAUAUUCAGGAGUAUAAUAGGAAUGUAUUCAUUAAUUGAAUGGAGAAUAACUUGAGACAGUGGAUGAGAAAUCACAAUGCACUUUCAUCUUGCAACAAGAAUACUUUCAAGGACUGCAGAAUGAGAAGAAAUUGUUGCUUCUU